AAAAAGGCAAUAUUCAGAAUGAGAAAUCUGUGUUGGCUGUUUGUGAUUAUUUGGGUAUAUAAACAAACACAUGAGGCUUCUAUGAGAAGCUACCAUUAUCCUCUGCACACAGUGUUCUUGAGAUUUUGGCCGACACAGAAUCCUGGGGAGAUGGAACUUGACUACCUGAUGGACUUCGAGGACUACUUCCCCUCCAUGAUUGCGCGAAUGGGGGCAGAAGGAUUCAUCGGAGAACUCUGCAACGGCUUUCGCUUGCUCAUGGACGUUAACAAAGGCCUCAUCACCUUCGAGAGCUUGAAGAUCAACUGUUACUUGCUAGGUUUGGAUGUGAGAGACGACGAACUGGUGGGCAUGCUAAUGGAGGGUGAUUUGGACGGAGAUGGUGCUCUUAGUCAAAUGGAGUUCUGCAUUCUCAUGUUUAGGCUCAGUCCUUGUUUGAUGGAUUCACCUAAAAUCUGCACUACUCAGGUUGGUGCAGACCCCAUGCUCAUCUAGAAUCUAAUGUAAAAAAACUGUUACUACUGUUACUGUUACCAUCAUUACUCUUAAUUAACACCACUACUUCUUACCUACUUCUCUUUCUUCCGUUUUUCUCUUUCUCAGUUACAUAGUUAGCAUAAGAGAAUUCAGAGAAGUAGAAUUCAUCUUGUUGUUGUGACUUUCAUAAAUCUUAGUUAUGUCAUUCAAUGUUCUUCGGAACACAAAAAUGGCCUUCCAUCUGUAGUUUCUCUCUCUCUCUCUCUCUCUCUCUGUCUAUAAAGUAACGUUGAUGAAUGAUUGUUGUCACUGUUAACUAUUA